AUGAGCACAGCCGAUGACACGAUCCCCACCGAUCCUCAGCCACAAGAAGAACAAGUUGACAUUGAUCACGACGCUAAAGCUUGGAUCCAACAGCAAGUCGACAAAGAAGUGAGACGGGUCCGUGAUGCUGGCUCAAGCGUGUUAGCCUUCAAGCUUAUCAAUUGUGGCAUCACACCAAACUUUGACAAGAGGACAGCUCGCGCCAUCAAUCGUCUAGAAUUGGAUACCAAUGUUGAUCUCUCCAAAGUACAGCAGGUUAUGGUCUCGCCCCCAAUUCCUUAUCCACACAAGCCUGAUUUCCAUUAUGUGAAUUUGAUCUUGGUUACCGAAAAGCCAAUUCCUUUUCUUGCUCCAUACCUCUAUCAAGAGAACGUCAAGGUGAUCCAGCCUGAAAAGAUCUUUGAUGAAGGACGGAAAAAGGUGCCUAGCAAGGAGGUCACUCUGAAGAAUGACAUGCGAGAGUUUCUUUUCAUCAACAAAAGGGGGAUGCGUGCUCGCUUUUCGAUUAGAGAAUACCAUGGCGUUUGA